GCAGCGUGCGGCGCGGACAUGUGGCGAGCGCUACGACUCUGCCAUUGCCGUGCCACCGUGCCGCGGGACAGGGGUAAGCCCUUGCCAGCACCUGGCCUCCCCCAGAGGAACCUCCGGAGCCUGCCGGCAAGGGCCCGGAGGCCACCUGUGUCUCUGUGGAGGAAGGCGCUGAUGGCCACUGCCACGGUGGUGCCCCUGCUGCUCGGCAGCUACUACCUCAUCGCCGAGCCACGCGAGAGGCGGCGCAUGCGGCUCGUGCUGGAUGGCAUUGGGCGCUUUGGCAGGUCCCUGAGGAUCGGCUUGCACAUCUCCCUGGACUACUGGUGGUGCACACACGUCAUCCUGCGAGGGGUGGACGAGAACAGCCCCAGCUAUGUGGAAGCGAUGUCAGCGUGUCACCAGCGGGCGGCGGACGCGCUAGUGGAGGGUGCCAUCCACAAUGGGGGCCUCUACGUGAAGCUGGGCCAGGGGUUGUGCGCCUUCAACCACCUGCUACCGCCCGAGUACAUCCGGACCCUGCGCGUGCUGGAGGACAGGGCCCUGAAGCGCGGCUUCCGGGAGGUGGAGGAGCUGUUUCUGGAGGAUUUCCAGGCCCUGCCCAGCGAGCUCUUCCAAGAGUUCGACCACCAACCCAUGGCAGCUGCCAGCCUGGCCCAGGUGCACCGCGCCAAGCUGCAUGAUGGCACAGCUGUGGCUGUCAAGGUGCAGUACAUUGACCUGCAGGACCGGUUUGAGGGGGACGUGCACACACUGGAGCUGCUGCUGCGGCUUGUGGAGCUCAUGCACCCCAGCUUCGGCUUCAGCUGGGUGUUGCAGGACCUGAAGGGAACCCUGGCCCAGGAGUUGGACUUUGAGAAUGAGGGUCGCAACGCAGAGCGCUGUGCCCGCGAGCUGCAGCACUUCCGCUACAUCGUGGUCCCCCGCGUGCACUGGGACAAGUCCAGCAAGCGUGUGCUGACGGCCGACUUCUGUGAGGGCUGCAAGGUGAACGACCUGGAAGCCAUUGAACGCCAGGGGCUGGCGGUGGGCGAUAUAGCAGAGAAGCUAACCCGGGCCUUCGCCGAGCAGGUCUUUUACAGUGGCUUCAUCCACUCGGACCCCCACCCUGGAAACGUGCUGGUGCGGAAGGGCACGGACGGGACGGCGGAAUUGGUGCUGCUGGACCACGGUCUCUACCAGUUCCUGGAUGAGAAGGACCGCUCUGCCCUGUGCCAGCUGUGGCGAGCCAUCAUUCUGAGAGAUGAAGCAGGCAUGAAGGCGCACGCAGCCGCCCUGGGGGUGCAAGAUUACCUGCUAUUCGCGGAAGUACUCAUGCAGCGGCCAGUGCGGCUGGGGCAGCUGUGGGCCUCCCACCUGCUCAGCCGCCAGGAGGCCGCCUACAUGCAGGCCAUGGCGCAGGAGCACUUUGAGCGCAUCAUGGCCGUGCUGCGGGCACUGCCGCGGCCCAUGCUGCUUGUGCUACGCAACAUCAACACCGUGCGUGCCAUCCACACUGCCCUGGGCAGCCCCGUGGACCGCUACUUCCUCAUGGCCAAGAGCGCCGUCCAGGCCUGGAGCCGCCUGGCCAGCAACACCUCCCAGGGCCUCCAUGGCAGCCUCCUGCGCAACAUCAAGGUCUUGUGGGCAGUGCUCAAGUUCGAGGUGGCCCUGAGGCUGGAGACGCUGGCCAUGCGGCUCACCACCCUCGUGAUCCGUGCCCUGGUGCACCUGGGCCUCAUGCCCCCCGUCCAAGACCUCUACCCGUACUUGGAGACCUAACUCCAGGCCCGGCACCCACACAACUGCCCAGCCUGGGCCCACUGCACUGACCUGCAGCCCUGGACCCUGCACUGGGGUGGGACAGCCUGGGCAAGCAAUGACCACACAUCUCAAGUCAA